UAUUUAUAAAAGGAAAUGCACCAUGAUUCAAUAUGAAGAGGAAAUAAGAAAGUAGACCCAACUGAGAAAAUGGAGAUGUUCUAUGCUAGCAAGAUUCUGUUUUUUAUUCUAGGCAUAUCACCGAUCUUUUUCUCUUCUUCUGUCUGUUUAGAUGAAACGGCAAUGAAUUUAGAAAGUCAAGAGAAAUAUGAGGAUUUUUUUGAGGUAAGAAAUUACAUGCACCUUUUUAUUUUGUCAUUUCGUGUCUUCAUUUUCUGGUUAAUCCUAAUUUCUUGAAAACGCAAACCUCCAGAGCAAUGUGUUAGGUCAGAUUACAGCAGUAAUUCUUGAAGCAGCCCUUAUAGACCACCAAGAGUUCAUGAAUGAGCAUUUCUCCAGUUGGGCUCUCUAGGGAAUAUUGAUACAUUAUAGAAUGUUAUUUAUCUACAGAACCUAGCUUAUUAUGGCUCAGAAAUAGUAUAUUUUAAAACAAAGCAGCAAAAAUUGAGCUUUAGUGGCUGAGGUUCUGUGAAUGUGACUACAUGCUGUAUAUUGUGUUUCAUAGAAUAAACCAUAGUGCUAGCCUACAGCUAGUGAACUUCACAUUACUCCCUAUGCACACCUAUGCACACCUAAUAGUGCAGGAUUUAGCACCCGAUUUUGUUCCAACUGGGUGAUUGAUAAAAUGUAGACAAUUUAUACGACAAAUAAAUUAUCACUAAGUUUAUUAUCAUUUAGUUAAGAAGCUGGUCAAAUUUACAGAAAAUAGAACAUUAACUGUGUUCCGUCAUGCGUAGGGUAUUAUCAGUCAAAUCACAGAGACAAUUUCAAGCAAUAAGAAAUAGACAAAAAAUUAAGAACAAUAAAGAAUGGUUGUUAUGAAGUCAAAACAGGUGAACAUAUUGUUUUAUCCCUUAUUUAACCAGUUGUGGUUUUGAAAAUGACUGGUAAACAGGUUUUCAUCCGGUCUUUAAUUAAAGUGUUCCAUUGUCCAGUGAAUCAAGCAGUUAAAGGGACAUUUCAGUCAUCAAAACAACUUCAUUUAAAUUAAGUUGUUAUGGUUCCAGGAGGCCACAGGAGGCACUCUUACCUCAAUGAGUUAAACCUUUCUCAAACAGUUUAACUAGAAAGGUGCUUCCAGCGGCGAUGUCCACUCUCCAACCCAUCCAGCUUCUGAUUAACUUUCAGGAUGUGAGUGGUGCAACUGGACAGAGGCACUACUGAUUGGCUGAGAAUAGUCAGCAGACGCUCUCACAGCGAAUCAGUGUCUCCCCAUUCACUAAACUGGCAUGGAAAAAGUACAUUUCUUUCCAAGCCAGUUAAGUGAAUGGGGAGUCACUUAUUGGAGAAGUAUAAGUUGCAUUUUAAUUUGAAUUUGGGGAAACCACUUGAAGCAUUUGUUGUGCUGAGCUAUUUCAAUUGCUUUUGUUUGAUUUGCUUAUUGCAAACAGCUGAAAGUCUGUAAAUUUUGACAAUAAACCUGAUUUUCAAUGCAGUUGAAUAAUUUUCAUUACAACUGUAACCACGUAUAAUAAACUAUAGAGUGACGGCAUUGAUUAGAAACCCUCUCCAUUGAUAUAUGCAUCUCAAUACAGAUGUAUGCGUGAUUUCCCGUGUUGCUACAGUUCAAAAAAUUACAACUACCCACCCUAUCUGUUUAGGAUAUAUUGCCCCAAUCAGGUUAAUCCAAAUUUUUUAUAAAAAUUAAAAUAGACUCUAUAAAAUGAUUUUUAAUUACAACCAAUCAACUUGAAUUUACUCAUUAAAAUAAUACUGUAGGCUAGAUGUUGCCGUUUACUAAUAGUGGUGCAUUAAACCAUUUUGCGUUAAAAAAAUAGCCCAAAAAAUAAACAAAAUAGGUUACUCAGGAAAAUCUGCUGUCAGUCCCUAGAGGAGAAGUCUUAUAACCGUGGUGAUUUUGCAAAUUGUCACAGCUAAAGUCACAAAGGACCUCCUUGCAUCAUAACCUCUAUAAUGAGUACAGGUUGGCAUGGAGCCUAGAGUGACCCUUUAAUAUUUGUUUGUAACGGACCUGAAAAGGAGUUUUCUUCUGAUUAGCAACAAAUAUGUUUGCUUUUGCUAAACAGUGAAAUAUGUAAACUGCCAGCUAAGCUAAAAAAAAAAGUCAAAAUAGCAGAGAAUUUUACCUUUGUUUCUCAUUCCAUUUUUGUGGCAUACAUUCUGCAAAGCUGUUUUUUUCCAAUUCUCCACAAAUGUAGUUGUUUGAUGUGACACAGGGAUUAUGUAGUAUGGUCCAGUCAGCGUGAGUUGCUUAUUCCAGCCCAAGUGAAUGUAAAAUAUAAUCAUUUGGAAUGGAAAUAAACUGUACAAAAAAGAUGGUUUGCAUCUUUCUCAAAAGGGAACAAAUGUUCUGUGAGCAGUUCAGAGGUUUUGCUAGAAUGUAGUUCAACUAGGAGGGGGGGCAAAAGGGUGAUAAAACAUCAAUCCAAUUGCUGCCCAAAACAAGGACAGAAGGUGCCUGUAGCAACUGUGUUUAAAAAAUGAUAAGCUUAGAGCCAUGUCUACAAAUGCUCGCAGUUUAGGGAAUAAGAUCCAUGAACUUGUGGCAAUAAUGGCAACUGAUAAUGUAGAUUUACAUUAAUGUUACUGAGACAUGGUAUAAUGAGAACAUGACUGGGACAUAGCAAUACCAGGGUACUCUUUAUAUAGAAAAGACAGGGAAGACAAGAAAGGGGGAGGAGUGGCCCUGUAUGUGAAGGAUAGCAUAAAAUCUAGCCUAAUAAAAGUUAGUGAGGCGAACAUAGAGUCCGUUUAGGUUACCUUAGAAUUUGGUAAUUGCACAGUAACUCGUGCAGGUGUGAUUUAUAGGCCCUUGAGACAAAGAGAAGAGUUGGAUAAUCUACUAGUUGAGGAAAUAGCUAAAAUGACAAUGAAGGGGGAAGUUAUCAUAAUGGGUGACUUUAAUCUUCCUGAUGUGAACUGGAAAACCAAAAUCGCUGCUUGUGCCAGGAGCACACAUAUUCUAAACUCCCUACUGGGAUUGUCUCUAAAAUAAGUAGUUGAGGAGUCAACUCACAAAGAGGCCAUACUAGAUUUAGUGUUAACAAAUGGAGAUUUGGUAUCAGAUAUUACAGUAGGUGAAAGUUUAGGAUUCAAUGAUCAUCAGUCAGUAUGGUUUAAUAUAAGAACAGUGACUGAGUCACACCACACAAAAACAAAAGUUUUAGACUUUAGAAAAACAGACUUUUCUAAAAUUAGAAUAUGUGUAAAGGAGUCAUUAUCAGACUGGAGUCCAAGAGAAAUAGGAUUAUUUAAAAGUUGCACUGCUGAAGGCCACAGAAAAUUGCAUUAGGCUUGUCAGUAAAAGCAAAAAAUUCAAGAAACCACUGUGGUACUCUGCAGAUGUGGCCAGAAUAGUACAAAUAAAAAUGUAUUAUUUAGUAAUUAUAUAAAAAAAAACAGAGUGAGGAAGACAGAAUGAUCUAUAAGAUUAGGGAAAAGAGGCUAAGCAAGUUAUAAGAGCUUCCAAAUCACACACAGAAGAAAAAAUAGCACAGUCAGUAAAAAAAAGGGGACAAAACAUUUUUUAGAUACAUAAAUGAGAAAAGGAUAGUAAAACAAGGAUUAGUUAGAUUAAAAACAAAAUAAGGAAGGUAUGUAGAAGACUAUAAAGUUCUAACUGACUGCCUCAAUUAAUAUUUGUGUUCAGUAUUUAUAGAUGGAAAUGAAUUAAAGAGGCGUCAGUUAGGAGAAAGGACAAAUGAGUCAUUUAUUACAUGUGAGUUUACAGAGGAAGAGGGUCUAUUUCAACUGUCAAAAGUAAAGACAAAUAAGUCAAUGGGACCUGAUGGAAUACACCCAAAGUUAUUAAAAGAGCUUAGUGGUGUGCUAGCAAAACCAUUAACAGAUUUAUUUAACCAAUCAUUGUUAACAGGAGUAGUCCCAGAAGAUUGGAAGUUAGCUAAAGUUGUGCCCAUUCACAAGAAAGGUAGUAGGGAGGAGUCGGGCAACUACAGGCCAGUAAGCCUUACUUCAGUAGUGGGGAAAGUAAUGGAAACCAUGUUAAAGGAUAGGAUUGUUGAACAUCUAAAAUUACAUGGAUUUCAAGAUCAGAGACAACAUGUGUUUACUUCAGGGAGAUCAUGCCAAACUAAUCUUAUUGAUUGUAUUGAUUGGGUAACUAAAAUAAUAGAUCAGGGUGGUGCAGUAGACAUUGCUUUAGUGAUGUCCCGAACGGUUCACCAAACUGUUCGCAAACUGUUCGCCACGAACUCCGGUCAGCAGACACAUUCCAGCCAAUCAGCAGCAGACCCUCCCUCCCAGACCCUCCCAACUCCUGGACAGCAUCCAUUUUGAAGUUGCAUUCUUAGUGAGCUGUCCAGAAGGUGGGAGUGUCUGGGAGGGAGGGUCUGCUGCUGAUUGGCUGCAAUGUGUCUGCUGACUGGAGUCCGUGGCGAACCGUUCGCGGCAAACCGUGGCGAACAGUUCGGCGAACAGUUCGGGACAUCACUACAUUGCUUACAUAGAUUUCAGUAAGGCUUUUGACACUGUUGCACAUAGAAGGCCUAUCAAUAAACUGCAAUCUUUAAGUUUGGAUUCCAAUAUUGUUGAAUGGGUAAGGCAGUGGCUGAGUGACAGGCAACAGAGGGUUGUAGUCAAUGCAGUAUAUUCAAAGCAUGGGCACCUCAGGGAUCUGUACUGGGACCCAUUCUCUUUAAUAUUUUUAUUAGUGAUAUUGCAGAAGGUCUUGAUGGUAAGGUAUGUAUUUUUGCUGAUGAUACUAAGAUAUGUAACAGGGUUGAUGUUCCAGAAGGAAUAAGCCAAAUGGCAAAUGAUUUAGGUAAACUAGAAAAAUGGUCAGAGUUGUGGCAACUGACAUUUAAUGUGGAUAAGUGCAAGAUACUGCAUUUUGGACGUAAAAAUCCAAGGGCAGAGUACAUAAUAUUUGAUAGAGUCCUAACCUCAACAUCUGAGGAAAGGGAUUGAGGGGUGACCAUUUCUGAUGACUUAAAGGUAGGCAGACAAUGUAACAGAGUAUCAGAAAAUGCUAGCAGAAUGCUUGGUUGUAUAGGGAGAGGUAUUAGCAGUAGAAAGAGGGAAGUGCUAAUGCUAUUGUACAGAACACUGGUGAGACCUCACUUGAAGUAUUGUGUGCAGUACUGGAGACCAGAAGGAUAUUGAUACUUUAGAGAGAGUUCAGAGAAGGGCUACUAAACUGGUUCAUGGAUUGCAGGAUAAAACUUACAAGGAAAGGUUAAAGGAACUUAACAUGUAUAGCUUGAAGGAAAGACAAGACAGGGGGGAUAUGAUAGAAACAUUUAAAUACAUAAAGGUAAUCAACACAGUAAAGGAGGAGACUAUAUGUAAAAGAAGAAAAACUUCCACAACAAGAGGACAUAGUCUUAAAUUAGAGGGGCAAAGGUUUAAAAAUAAUAUCAGGAAGUAUUACUUUACUGAGAGGGUAGUGGAUGCAUGGAAUAGCCUUCCAGCUGAAGUGGUAGAGGUUAACACAGUAAAGGAGUUUAAACAUGCGUGGGAUAGGCAUAAGGCUAUGCUAACUAUAAGAUAAAACCAGGGACUAAUGAAAGUAUUUGAACAGUUGGGCAGACUACAUGGGCAUUUGGCAUUUGGGUUCUUAUCUGCCGUCACAUUCUAUGUUUCUAUGUCUAUGUUUCUAUUAUGCUUUAUAUUUAAUUGAGUUUGUUUUUUUUGUGUUUUUUUUUUUUUUUUAAAGUCCAGAGACGAUAUCCAAAACCGGAGAAAUGUUGAUUCUGAAGAACUGAAAUUUUGGUUACCAGAUGGAUUCAAUGAAAUCAGCUCUGCUAUACUGAACAAAUAUAGCCAAUUACCUGUACAUCUUGAAAGGCAGUUUCUAGAGGAAAGAGGAGUCAAGCCAGCUGCUAACCUGCCCCAGAGGUUUGGAAGAGGUUCUGAAGACAAAGUAACAAAAAGUAUCCCUAACCUACCUCAACGAUUUGGACGAUAUCUUCCUAGGAAGGCCAAUAUCCAAUCAGCAACCAACUUGCCCCAGAGGUUUGGAAGAUCGUUAUUUGAUGGCCGUUUCCCACAGUCACCACUACAGUUUGUGAAAGCAACACACCUCCAAAAACAACAAUAUGAAACAAAUCCACAAACUCUAGAAGUGAAAAUGCCCGAGGAAGACACUGAAAGGUAAGCAAUGUUACUAUGAAGUGCUAAAUAUGUAUAACUCCAUAUCUAUAGACAUUCAUAGAAAAAAAAAAUUUUUAUCAAAAAACCACUAGACAAACCAAAAUGUAAUUAUAUGAUGAAUAUAUAGGUUCUUCAUAAAAAAUGUAAUAAAUGUGUAAAAGUACUAAGAACAUUUGCUUGCACUUCACCUAGUGGCUCUAUGAACGAUCACUGUGCAUAUAGACAAUGGCGAAAUAUAUCAAACAAACAAAAUUGUCCAAGGCCCAAUAUUUCCAUGAAAAUAUGAACAAUAACAUUUCAAACCCUAGAAACUUUUGGAAAGUCAUAAAUAAAUUACAAACUCCCCCAAUCCACUUCCAACCCUCCAACAUCAAAGUGGAUAACCAAACCCUGCAACUUCCCUUAGAUGUAGCAAAUGCCUUUAACAAUCAUUUUGUCGGAUGCUCCACCACCCUGCUUGCCAAGCUAAUAAAUGACACUCCUCGUGAAACUACAGAUGUGGAUCAGGCCCUACUAAAUUUUCAAAGACCCAAUAUAAACAAGUUACAUUUUAGACUUGUUCCUAUGAGUGUCAUUAAGAAACACCUCAAUAAUCUAAAAAUGAAAAUACCAGUCUGGACCUGAUCAAAUCCCAGAAAUGCUGUUGAAGCUCAGUGCGCUGGCAAUUGCUAAACCUGUCACAACCCUAAUUAAUGAAUCCUUGGUGUCUGGAUAUACCCAAACCUUGGAAGACUGCGAGAGUAGUGCCUAUCCAUAAAAGUGGUGACACUACUUUGGUUUCUAUCACCCAAUAUCAUCGCUAACAGUGUUGUCAAAAAUCUAAGAAAAAUGCGUCCAUACGCAACUAUGUAUUACCAACAAUCUAUCUGACCCCUGAUCAAUCAGGCUUUCACCAGAAUUACUCCACUACAACUGCCCUCUUAAAAGUUUCCAAUGACAUCGAAACUGGCAUGGAACAAGGAGACCUAACUGGAGAUAUUUUCCUUGAUUUUGCAAAGGCCUUUGACACAGUAGACCACGACAUUCUACUGCACUAACUAAAAAAACUCAGGUAUUGGUGAUUGUUCGCUAACCUGGUUUCGAUCAUAUGUAUCGGAUCGAUCACAAUAUGUGUCCAUUUCUGACAGCAACUCCCUCUCCCAGUCACAUGUGGUGUUCCCCAAGGUUCCAUUCUCGGACCCCUACUGUUCACAUUAUUUAUAAAUGAUCUGCCUAAUGUCUGCAAAUCCUCAAAUGUACACAUAUACACAGACGACAGUAAUCUAUGCAAGCAAAUCUGAUCUACCGCAACUUGAGGCUGUGCUCCAAGACCAGUUCACAGAGGUAGAAAUGUGGACCACAAAAAACAAACUCUUCCUAAACACUGACAAAACUGUCACAAUGAUCUUUGGAACAGUACCUAAAUUACACAAAUUACAAAAUCCCCAUCUAUGCAUCAAAACAAAAUCAAAUAGCACAAUGACCGCAGUCCACUCUUUCAUAUACUUGGGUAUGUUGUUAGACCCCAAUCUAUCUUUUGGCCUCCACAUAGAAAAACUUGCAUCUAAACUUAACCCAGACUAAACCAACAAAUAUCAAGAUAAAAUCUUAACAAUAAAUGAGUGGAGCACUUGAUAAUAUUUACAUGCAAUAAUUGCUUACCCCUUAUUAAAUUAGGUGUAGAGAUUCUGAUGUACUUAAAUACAUAAAUAGGGGAAUAAGAGCACAGAAAAAAAAUACUAGUGCAGAUGGUACUCAAUCAGAUGGUACUCAACCAGAGCCAUUCUGGAGUCAUAGAAUGGCUCGGUUAAACUAUAAUGUCCCCCUAGUGGUAUGAAAAUAAAUUCCUUUAAAAUAUUUUUGGGAGUGGCUGUUCAUUCUGUAUACUAGCUAGCCUGCCUCUGAUACAACAGACUAGAAUAAUACAGUUUGCUUGUAAAUAUAUUGUUAAAAGUUAUUUUCUCAAUUUCUUUUUAUUACAGAAUACAGAGCGUGAACUACAAUUUUGAGAGGAAACUACAAAUGUAACUGGGAACAAUUGAUGACCCAUUGCCUGAACUGAAGUCAGAUGAAAGGAUCACUUACCUUUUGACUUGACAUUAUAUCAGAUAUCAGUUUAUCAUGUUUAAAAUUUACCAUUACCUUAAAAAGAUUGCAGUCUAUAUGCAGACGCUCAUUGUACAGUGUUGUGAAAUGACAGAAUGCUGUCUGAUAUAAGGAUCAUUUUUAAGGAUAAAUGUUUAGCAAUUAAUUAAGAAGCAAAAAUAGCAUAUAUUAAAAGAG